AUGCAGAAGGCGAAGGAGCACUUGGGUCUAACAGACCAAGACUCGGAGGCCGUGUCGCAACUCGACAUUGCAGCUAAACGAGUCGGGGACGAGUCUUGCUUCUACGAGGAUUUCGCUCUUAGAGGCAUCCGAGUCGACCGAGUCGAACCCGGACUCGUCGUCUGCACUUUCAAGGUCCCUCCCCGCCUCACCGACAGAGAUGGAAAUUUUGCCAGUGGUGCAAUUGCAAACCUUGUUGAUGUAGUUGGUAAUUCUUCAGUCUAUUCUCUGGGUCAAACUAUGAAUGUUUCAGUAGACAUGACCAUCUCGUAUAUUUCAAAGGCAAAGAUCAAUGAUGAACUAGAGAUCACCUCAAAGCGGUUGGGACAAAGAGGACGUUAUUUAGGAACAAUGGUGCUCAUGAGAAACAAAGCAACUGGGGAGAUUAUUGCUGAAGGUCGACAUUCAUUGUUUCGUUCUAGUUUUGUUCCCAAACUCUGAGUCCUUCCUAUUCAUACAGAGACACAUAUAACUGAAGUCUAAGCUCUUGGGGGGCAUUCCCCUUUUAGAUUAGACUCUUGUAAUUAGUUAUUGGAUUGUAUACA